AUGUCGUUUUUUGGCUUUGAUUCUUCUGGUCCCAAGAAGGGAAGAAGGUCCGGACGAAGCAAGGACGAAAAAGGGGGCCAGCCCCUCGAUUUCGACGAAACUUAUCAGGGCUUUGGCGAGCACGCCCGUGAGGAAGACGACUAUCUGAACAGCGAGACUUUUGGCGAUGCAGCUGACGUAGGUACCGAUUUUGAUUUUGGGUACGGAGCGAGCGAGUACGCGGCUCCUACAGCUAGUCAUGAUGCGUAUGUCGAUCACAGCCGCUCCUAUGCGUCUGCGGCGACUUCGGGUCCAGCCGUGGCAGCUGUUCCCUUUGGUCAGCCUGCCCAAGCUGUCGAAGAGCAUUUAGACUUCACUCCAAUGGAGUCCUUGUGGACAAACCAGCCUGUUCAUCAGCUCCAACAGCCUCAAUUUGUGUCCAUGGAAGAGAUCGAGAGACAACAGCAACAGCAGCAACAGCAGCGCCAGAUGGGAAUGCUUCCUCAGCAACAUGCGUACAUGUCUAUGCCUCCACCUCAGCAUAUAGCUACGAUGGGAUACGGAUUUCCCGGACAGCCGUUUGUUUCGGGCGCACCACAGAUGACAGGCGCUCCGCAAUUCCAGGACAGAAACGUUGAUUUUGGCGUGCAGGCAGUGCCUCCUCCUCCGCCUCAGAGUGUUGGUCCACGCCCAAUGUCCUCAUCCGAUAUGCCUCCUAUGCAGUACCAGCAAAUGUCUCCCGGCUUUGAGCAAGUGGGACAGCAGCAAUCACAUGUCCCUGUGCCGGCUCCCGUGCAGGCAAAUAAGAUUUCGGAGCCCCAUCACGCUCCUCAGCAAGUCUUUUCGUCAUCUACUGCUCCUUCGGCGCUAUCUCCGGUUGUCCACCAGGCCCAGACCCAGACAUCACCUGUGAUUGAAGCUACUAUGUCUCCCAAAAGACCUUCUCAACAACCACUUUCUCCCCACGGCAACUAUCGUCGCGGAACUUCUCCUCGUGUCAAUCAAGGUCCUCCUUAUUACCAGAGCAUGAAUGAGCCAUUUGCCAAGGGUACUCGCAGAAAUUCGAUGAGAAAGCCUCAGGAACAUUUGAGCGAGGAAGACUGGAAGCGUUUGCAAGUGCGCCAGGCAAAAGUGGACAAGAUUUUAAAGCACAGCGGUGUCAUGACUCCUCGUGAUAAGGAUUUCAUCACUCGUUACCAACUUUCUCAAAUUGUCACCGACGAUCCUUACAACGAGGACUUCUACUUCCAAGUCUACAAGAUCAUUCAAAGAGGUGGUGUCGUUGGCGAAUCUAAUAAGGGUCUCAUUGCGCGUGCCUACCUUGAGCACUCUGGUCAUCGUUUGGGCGGUCGCUAUAAGCGUGCCGAUGUCGCAUUGCAGCGCAUGCAAAGUCAGGUGGAAAAAGCCGUUACUGUGGCAAAGGAAAGACCUCAGAAGAACAAGGAAAUUUCUGAGGCUUCCAAAGAAGGCGUGCUUGGUAAAAUUUCUGCUAGUAUGAACAGCAAAGCCCCUAGAAGACAACUUCAAAUUCCUACUAAGAUGGAAGAAAGUGACGAAACAACAUCGUCAGCAAUCGACGACGUUGCUCAAUGCCUACAGGGCGUGGACAUUUCGACCUCUUCGUCUAAAUUAAGAAGAAGGUCCUCGUACGCUUUACGUUCUUUAGACCAAAGUGCAGUCUUGACCCGUUCUGGAGGGAGAAAGUUUGUUCUUUCAUUGAUUGAAACGGUUUAUUCGGAAGUGCUAGAACUUGAAGCUCAGCUAAGAAGCGGUAAAACAAUCGAUAGCUCUGGAUUGUGGGAAGCGCUUCACAUCUUUGACGAUGCUUUCGAAGUUAGCCCAUUUAUUUCCAUUCUGUCCUUCGAUAAGGGUGUGAAGAUUAUGCCACGGAUCAUUAAUUUUUUAGGCAAAGAGCAGAAACUCAAACUACUCUCAUGCUUCUUCAGCGAACUUUCCCACUUGAAUAUCGUGGUUACCAGUUCCUACAGGACAAACCCCAAUCCAACAGGAGCUCAAUUGAGAAAAAUCGAACUUUUUCAAUCCAUUUUUCUUAAGAUCAUUGUUUCUUUCUUGUCAAGCUCUGCGGAGUUCAUGGAAGUAAUGGGCUUGCUGCUUGCCCUUGUCAAAAACAAUAACGUCUCUUUCAUCACCACCUCGAAAAUUGGACUUAACUUGAUAACUGUGCUCAUUUCACGUGCUGCUUUGAUCAAGCAGGAUGUCAACAGAGGUAGCAUUUUGUCCUCGUCGGAGAUUUCUUCAUGGAAUGAGAUUUACGAUAAAUUGUUCACUGCUCUGGAAACAAGGCUUUCUUUAAUUUUCCCUCCUAGCGAGUACACACAAAAGAUUGUAUCAAUCACUAAUCCCCAACCAGCGCCUUCUGUUCCAGGAACACCUUUGGCGGCCACUUUCACGAAACCAAGUUUCUACGACAGCUCCUAUAUAUGGCAGUUUUUGGCUUCCCUUGCCUUGAGUGGCAAGCUCAACCAUCAGCGUAUCAUCAUUGAUGAAGUUAGGGAUGAAAUAUUUGGCACUAUAUCGAAAGCUGAAGAAUUUACGAAGUCUGCUGCCGUCGAGGAUCAACCCAUGGCACUAUAUCAACGUGACAAGCUUUAUCAGGAUUUGAACCUUUUCCUAAAUGUGAUGGGACUUGUUGCUAGAGAUGGUGAAAUCAGUGAACUGAAAUGA